AAGGUGACACUGAGUAUGAAGCUACACAGUGUUUGCUUUAGCCUGCAGACAGAUUGAAGACAGGCAGCUGCCCACCUCUCCCAUGGCGGAGCUCUGAAGAAUUAUCACUACUUCACAGAGCAGACAUGACAUCAGGCUCUUGGGACAGAGACAGUAACAUAAGGGCAGCAUUGAAGCGAUUGCAACACAAAGGACAUACAUGAAGGACUUAAAGCAUGGCCCAGAGUCCUCAAAGCAAGGACUGCAUGAUCCAAACAUGGAGCUACAGGCAGCACGUAUGACUUGGACAGCAAGAGCUCCCAGCAGAGCUCCGUGCAUGGGCAGCAAGCGCACCACGAGCACAGGGGACAUCUCUGCUGCUCGCAGAAACCCACAUCCCUUCUAAUAGACCAACGAUGCAGAAAAACCAAGUAGCUGCGUGAGCAAGAGAGCAUGGCUGAGCGUGGCAGAAAGGAGACGAUGUCUCUUUAAAUGUGACUAGAGUGUUGUCAAUGGAUCUGCCACGGUAGAGGAGUUAAUCCCCCCCCAGCCCCUCUCAGCCACUGUGAUGGGAUAAUUAGAUGCGAGGGCUCAGCGCAGAUGAUGCUCCAGUUGCUUAGCAACUAAUGGUUUCCACAGCAACGGCAAAGCACAGCCUUCGGAGCAGUAAGUGAGCAGUGCAGCAGGGCAGGGAAGGAUGCCUUAAACUCCUGCACUGAUCCUCUCCUCCAGAAUCACUCCGAGGCCUUGAGGUCCUGCUGCCCUCGGCACCCAAAGGUACCUUUGGCACCCAAAGAAAAUGGACUUGAGUUUCCAAAACAAGGCAUUUUGGGAAAGCCUGCACUUACAACAUGGCCUUGAGGACUGGGACAUGGCAGAGGAGCUGAAACUCACCAGCACUGAAGAAAUCCGGCAAGGUCAGGGUGCUCAGCCCCAUCUGUGGAUGUGGGUAAACCCCAGCCUGGCCUGUCCCCUCCCUGGGAGCCCUGGAUCAGACCCAGCCACAUCCAAAAGCCUCGUGUCCUCAGUUGCUGGUGCCACAGGAAGCUCCUCUCUGAACACAUCGUGGGACAACUCCUGCUCCGACUUGAACUGCUCCAAGGAGGAUGUGCUGUCACCCUCCAGUAAGGCUAGAAAGCUUACUGCGGAUGAAGCUGCUUCAUGUGUGGACAUCCCAGUUCCUCAGGAGAUGCUGAAAAGUCCUGAAGUCAGGAUGAUGCUGGUGCCUUGGAAAUCCACAGUCCUCAGUCCUCAGAGCAUGAAGCUCAAGUGCCCCAGGCAGAUGAGUGCCAAAAUUGAGGGGGGCUGGCCCCGUCCCCCCCUUAAUUACUGCACCCUCAUCAGCAUCGCCCUGUGCAACAGUGCGGGUGGCAGUCUAACUGUACAGCAGAUCUACCAGUUCACACGGCAGCACUUCCCAUUUUUUCAGACAGCCCCAAAGGGCUGGAAAAGCAUGAUCCGGCACAAGCUGUGCUUCAGCAGCUGCUUCGAGAAAAGUACCAGCUCCACGUGCGCCAAAGGAAACCACAGGUCCUGCCUGUGGAAACUGACUCCAGGAGGAUGCAGAAAGUUUCAGGAGGAAGCACAGGCCCUGACUAAAGAGGCGCUCGACUUGGUGUGCCAAAGCAUGAGCAACCCGGGUACGAUUCCAAGGGCAGGAGCCCUGCAAACAGCAGGGCACAUCAGGUUUUAUGAGGUUCCUGCAGCAGGAGAGCACCCAAGCACUAUGCAGCCCCCAGCACUGGGGGACACUGCUCUGGGAGGUGACAUCAGAAACUUGGAGAUCCCUGCAGAGAUGCUCCGCAAGCAGGGCUCGGUCAUCGGGCUGGCCAAGAGCCCAACACAGCAAGACAAAGCCAACCAGGCUGCUUUCAAACACAGAGCUGUCAUCUCAGUCCCUGCAAUAGCUGGCAGUUUAAUAUGGGACAGGACUGUGGCUGCAGCAUCAGUGCCUGAGCAGUUGUUUUGGCCCAAGUACCUAUCCCAACUUCUCACUUUCUCUUUUGCAGAUCUGAUGAGCUCUCUGUUUGGGCUAUGAUUCCUUCUGGCUCCCUGCUUCUGAAA